AUGCGUAACGCAACUGAUCGAAGUAUUCGAACAGAUAGGUCGGAAAUUAGACAACGGUAAGCAGAUAGACGUGAUUUACCUUGACAUGUCGAAGGCAUUUGAUAAAGUAAGUCACGCUCAGCUCAUGCACCGAUUACACAAGUUCGGGUUUCGAGGUAACCUUCUCAACUGGUUUUCAUCGUACCUCAGCAAUCGUUAUCAGCAGACAACAAUUGGUGGAACAACAUCAAGACCGUUAGCAGUGACAUCCGGUGUGCCGCAGGGCUCUAUUCUCGGUCCUUUACUGUUUCUCUUGCACGAAAACCACCUCUCCGAAAGCGUGGGCAACUCCAGCAUUGCAACCUUUGCGGACGAUACAAAGAUCUUUAAAACUGUAAAUAACGUGUCCGACGCAACAAAUUUUAAAGAGAAUUCCAGCAAGGCAAACCUGAUAUUAAACACUCAAAAAUGUAAAGUCAUGAGAAUAACCAGAAAACACCACAAAACAGAAUAUCCCUACAAGCUACAUGAUGCUGUUCUGGAAAGCGCUGUUCACGAACGUGAUCUGGGAGUGUGGACUUCUUCCAAUCUGACUUGGUCCAAUGUGCUCAAACAACCAAAAUGCUCGGCUACGUAA